AUGACCACGGUUCGCAUCCUGGCCGCGGAUCGCAUAGAGAACUCGGCCACGUUCUCCAGCUCCCAGCCCAUACCGCACGCCGUCCAUGACAUGCCCACACCAGAAACCACCAAAGAAUCCACACCUAUGCAGAGACUAGUUAAGCGCAUGACCAGGGUUUUCACCAAACUUAGCCCCGACGAAACCAUCAAGAAACUCACCGCCGUACUAGAGAAGAUGGGCUACAGCUGGAAAACGACAACAGCAAGACAGGUCACAAUCACAUCUCUGGAUCGACGAAAGAACCCGCUGAUCUUCAAAGCUCACCUGCACGAGAUGGACGACAAAGUACUUGUAGACUUCAGACUAUCAAAGGGUGAUGGAAUCGAGUUCAAGCGACACUUCCUCAGGAUAAAAGGAAAGCUGGCGCACAUCACCACCAAAGUACCCCUGCUCUCCCCUUUUGUCUAA